GAAGAAUACAAAAUAAUAUAAAUAUUUUCAAAUUCGAUCUUCUAAGCGGCCUUUUAUGGUUUCAACAUGGCCCCGGAAAAUAAGAAGCUUCCGCGUGUGCCUGAAACUCUCUUAAAGAAGAGAAAAAGAAAUGAAGAACUACGAGCUAAAUUUGCCAACGCAAAGCUUGAAAAUAAACGAAAAUUGAAAGAGAAGAAGAAGAUUAUUUUCCGACGAGCAGAAAAGUACAUUAAAGAGUACAGAGCUAAGGAGAGAGAUGACAUCCGAAUGGCAAGACAAGCCAGAAAGAAUGGAAAUUUCUUUGUUCCUGAUGAACCCAAGCUUGCAUUUGUGAUGAGAAUCAGAGGUAUCAAUGGUGUUCAUCCCAAGCCCAGGAAGGUUAUGCAACUUUUCCGUUUGAAGCAGAUCAACAAUGGCGUUUUUGUGAGACUCAACAAAGCGACAGUUCACAUGCUGAGAAUUGCUGAACCCUUCAUUACAUGGGGGUACCCCAACCUCAAGAGUGUGAGAGAGUUAGUAUACAAACGAGGAUAUGGAAAAGUAGGAAACCAGCGUGUCCCUCUCACAGACAAUGCCAUUAUUGAGAAACAAUUAGGAAAAUAUGGUAUCAUCUGUAUGGAAGACUUGAUCCACGAGAUCUACACAGUUGGACCUAACUUCAAAUAUGCUGCCAAUUUCUUGUGGCCAUUCAAACUGAACACACCCAAUGGUGGCUGGAGAAGGAAGUAUAACCACUUUAAUGACGGAGGAGACUUUGGCCUGCGUGAAGAUGGUGUUAACCCCCUGUUACGCAGAAUGGUGUAACUCGUAUCAUGUGAUACAAUAAAGACAAGAAAAAUAUUGUU